AUCUUCAAACUCAGCCCUUAAUCUCCCCAUUCACCAAAUCACAACCACCAAACAACAACUAUCUCCUUUUCCAAUUUUGGCCCUCCAUCCACUGCAGCUGCAUUUCCCACCGCCCAAUAUCGACUUCCAAUAUGGUAAAUAAAUUUCUCACACGCAUUUUCUCAAACACCUUGUAAGCAAUCUUCUUACUAUUAUUUUUUGUUUCAUUUGCAGUCAGACUUGUCACUUUGUUUCAAGAAAUCGAUAUCAGCUUUGAGGAAACCAAUUUGCUCUUAAGCAAUGCUUCCGAACUGACCUCGAUACAACUAGAUUUAUUGUGGGAUCGUAUUCUUUAUUUAAGAUCUCUUGUAUUAGGUCGUGUGUUCAUCAAUCACAUAGUUACAAAGCAAUUAAAUAUGCUAACUUCAAAUGAAAUUGACCCAUUGUUAAAUUUUUUGAGAAAUGAAUUUCAAGGACAGGUUGAGGAAGCCAAGGUGAAAUUUCUUUUAUCGGCUAAUGAACCGAAAGAAUUAUCUGAUUUUCCUAAGAAGGUUCAAUUGCUUAUUGAUAGUGGAAUUGGGGUUGAUAAGAUUGCACAUGUGCUUAACAAAGUGAGUUUGUCAAAGGCAAUUUGUCAUAGGUUAAUGGAAGAAAUUGAAAGAUUAAUUAGUUUCUUAAAACCAUUUGGUGGUGUUGAUUUGAUUCUGAAGCACCCUGCGAUUCUCAACGAUGACUUGGAUAAUAAGCUGAAACUAAGAUUCAUGGUUCUUACUGAGUUAGGUGGCGUAGAUGAGGAUAGUGUUGGGAAAGUGGUGACUGCGUUACCUAUGAUCUUGUGUUUAAGGACAUAACAUCUUUAUAAUAUGGUGGGAGAACUGACUUUUUUAAUGUUUCGCAAACAAAAUGUUGCGGUGAGCAAGAUUCGCCUCCGACUUUUAUUUUAUCCAAUUUAGGAAAGGCAAAAAGAACAUGAAAGACCUUUGAAAGAGGUUUGAGUUCGGGGGGUAGGUUAUACAAAGAAAAGGUGAAAGCACCCUUUGUAUCCAUGGUUA